UCACUAGUCCUUUCAUCUUGCAACACACAAUACCUUUUAGUUGUCCCUUCAUAAAUCACACCCAAAUAAAAUAUUCUCCACACAAAAAACUAAAAACUCAAUGGGUGAUAACAUGAUGAUUUCAUCUUCAUCUUCAUCAUCCUUAUUAUCACCACCAACCCUUGAAAAGAAACUUCAAAAUCUACUCCAAAACCAACAACAAUGGUGGAAUUAUGCCAUUUUUUGGCAAGCUUGUACUAAUAUUAAUCUUGAUGAUAUUUGUUCUGUUUCCUUAGUUUGGGGUGAUGGCUAUUUUCAUGGCAUCAAAAACCCAUCAACUUCCAAACCCAACUUUCUAAUCAAAGAUCACGAUCAUGAUCAUGAUCAUUUUGAUGGAAGUAUUUCUUCCUCCAUUGAUGAUGUCAUCUCAAAUACUGAAUGGUUUUUCAUGACGUCACCAUCAAAAUCUUACCCUAUAAAACAGACUAUGAUCAGUAAUGAGACUGAAAGUAGUAUUCCAACUACUUUAGCUAAAGCUUUUACUAAUAAUGCUUUGGUUUGGCUUAGUGGGGCCCAUUUACUUCGUUCCUGCCGGUGUGAACGGGCCAAGGAAGCCCUAUCUCACGGGCUUUUAACCCUAGUGUGUAUCCAUGUCCCUAAUGGGGUUAUUGAGUUGGGCUCAAUGGACUUAAUUAUGGAGAAUAAGGCUUUAAUUCAACAAGUUCGUUGUUUGUUCGAACAAACAACUAAUCUCGAUGCAGCAAGUUUAACGGAUGGGGCGACGAACCGUGAAAAGGUGGUGAAAAAGAGAGGAAGAAGGCCCGGCCCGGCCCGUGAUGGACAAACCAAAAUGGUAAACCAUGUAGAAGCUGAACGACAAAGAAGAGAAAGAAUGCACAGUAGAUUCUGUGCACUUCGAUCAGUUGUUCCAACCGUGAGUAAAAUGGAUAAAGCUUCAUUAUUAAGUGAUACAGUAGAUUAUAUAAAUGAACUAAAAAAUAAAAUUAAAAGUCUAGAAUCACAAAUACAAAUGAUGAAAAUGUGUAAUAAUAAUAAUAAUAAUAAUAAUAAUAAUAUUGUUAAUAAUAUUAGUAAAAUUCCAAUUGAAAUAGAGAUAAAGGCAUUAGGGAAUCAAGCAACAAUAAGGGUACAAUGUGAGAAUGUAAAUUAUCCAAGUGCAAGAUUAAUGGAUGUGAUGAAGCAACUAAAACUACAAAUUCAACAUGCAAUUGUGUCGGUUGUUGAUCAUAUGAUUAUUCAAGAUAUUGUUGUUGUUAAUGUUCCAUUAGAAUUGCAAAAUGAUGUUUCAUUAAGGGUUGCUAUUUUUAGAAGGCUAGAACAAUGAUACAAGAACUUUUUUGUCUUUAUAUUUAUUCUAGAUUCUAGAUGUUUAGCUUAAUUAUGGUCUAUCUUGCAAUGUGCUUAAUAAUAAGUGAUAACAUGUGUACUAGUAUUAAAGUUUGUAUAAUGCACAUUUAAAACGUUAAGCAUUGUUUAUUUGGGAUUGGAAGGUUAGAAAUUAGGGAUGAUAAUUAGGUCAGAAUCUGACCCUAGUCCGACUCGAUCCGAGGAAAAUAAUCCGAUUCGAGUCCGAGGAAAAGGUUAUCUGACUUCAACUCCGACUUCACGAUCCGAAUCCGAGUUAGAGACGGACCAGAGUUGGACCUUAUUAAAAAUCCGACACUCUGACCCGACUCCGACUUAAAAUUUCACUUUUAACCCAAUAUUUUAUUUCCUUUAAAACUCUAAACGUGACUAAUUCAAGCUCUCUCUCAUACUAAUUGUAAUUUUCGAUUUUGAAAAACUACUUGGUAUUUUUAUUUAGAUCAAUCAAUCAAAAUACGACAAAUCAGAUCAAGAGAAAUAAAAUACGCCAAAUCAAAAUGCUAGAAAAUUUUAUUAAAUUGUAGUAUUAGGAAUAUUUCUCAUGUUAAACUUGAAUUCAAAGUACAUAUUUUUUUGUUAAAUUGUAUUUGAAAAUAUAUUUUGUUAACUUCGUAUGCUUUAGAUCAUUAGUACAAUAUCACAACGAUAAAGUUUGAUAAUAAUUCGACUCCGUUGGAGGUCCGAGAGUCCGAGUGGGGGCAAACUUGGAGUAUGCAUAAUCCGACUCCGAGUGGAGGUUAACUGAAAAAAAAAGUUCGACCAAAAUCCGGAGCAAAGUCAGAGUAUAUAUAAUCCGAGCCGAGUCCAACCCAUUGUCAUCCCUACUAGAAAUACAU